AUGCCUCAGAAUCGACGAAGAAAAUACGACCACCAACUACUAGAUGAGUCUGCAAUACGAUCAGCAGCCUGGAUUGCGGUAUGUCAUAUGAGUUGCUGGGCAUCUUCUGUUAUACUUGGGGCUGUUUCAAUAUGGCUGAGAGCACAAGCAACUGAAGGAGUGGAUAAUUCCAUAUUUGGAGUUGUGGGCUUUGGACUUUGGGGGUCACUCCCGUACUUGCUGGCUGCUAUCUUUCAAAUAAGAGUUUCAAAAGUGAAGACAUAUUCAUCAAUCUCAUGGCUUUUUGCAAUCUCGAUUUUAUGCCUUGUUUGUUCGCUGGCACUGUUUGCAUUCUCGUCACUAGCGGUCGCGGUCGAGGCGUCAAUCGAGUCUACUCCGAAACGAUUGAUUGUGGCUGGUAUUCUUGCCGGAUUCUCCGUCAUUGAAGUUGCAACAUCCAUAAUCACAUGUGUGAGUUGCUUCACAACAAUCGGAUGCUUCGACAAAAUGACAGCCAAGGGAGAACGGAAAAAUAAUCUUCAUCGAUCGGCAAGAGUAACCCCGGGUGAUGAAGAGCCAGGUCACGUGACGGUGAUGGCGCUACCAGCUAGACAAGCUGCCGAGUUAUUUUAUACCAUGUAUAAGCCUUAUUUUCCUGCAAGCCCCGGUCUUGGCUUAGGCGAUCCAAAUGUAACAAUCCACGAAUCAGGAUAUUUUGAAUCUCACGAAGCCGCAUCUCCAUACGAACAUCAUAGAAGACGUCGUCGUCAUCAUCGACGACACACAAAAUCUGAUUGUGAACAAGAUCUUACAGGAGGCGGUGAGGGAGGUUAUUUGCCUGAAUCUUCACCAUACGUGGAUGAGGAAUAUAGCGAUGAAGAUGUAGACUGGAACGAAGGAGCUCCAGGACCAAGAAAGAUGACUUCACGACAACCAACACCACAUAAGCAUCAUAACGAUGAUGAUGAACAAACGCCGACAACAAGGAAAAAGUCAAAAAAACACCGGGGAGCUGAGAGUGAAAAUCAGCAGUCGACAGAAAUGAAACAAGCUAGAAACGAAGACCCAGGCACCAAAUCUAAAAAUAAAAAAGAGGAAACAAAGACAAAGCAAAGUGUUAAUUAUCCAAACACUAAACAAACCGAACAGGAGCAAACAAAACUUGAAAACGAACAGACAAAUAUUGAAAGUAAAGACUCUGGACAAAAUGAAAAAACAAUGUGAUUGCUAUGUUUUAACAUACCUUUUAGAUUACAGCGAAUCAUCAUGAUUAUAUAUUACGAAUCAGUCAUUUAUACCGACGAAAAGUUUUUCUUGUUGCUUUCACGGCUAACACUCUACAUUGCACUAUUGCAUGAUUUCAACAUGAAUUGAACUUUCCUUCUAAUGUUCACCUACGACCAACAGCUUAUAAAGUUCGGAUUUGAGGUUUCUGUAGA